GCGUGACGUCUUUGACGGAUACGAAUACGAUUAGUGCAGUACUACGUGCUGCAAGUCACUCGUAGUGAAUCUUCGCGCAUACGUGCACGCGCUGCCGCUCUACAUUUGUACCGCUCGCAACAUUAGCUGCAGCACAAAACUUUGCACAUGGCAGCACACCAUUGCAUCGGCACAGGAGCCGACGAGCGACGCCACUGGCUGGCACCCGACAAGGCUGCUGCACUCGAGUCCACGGUGCAAGCCAUCGCUGUGGCCGGCAAAGGCAUCAGCGCGUGCGACGAGUCGGGCCGCACGAUCAAUCCGCGUUUCGCAAAUGUCGGCAUCGAGGCGACGGAGGAGAUGCGACGCGUCUACCGCGAGACUUUGUUUACGGCGCCCGGCGCGACGGACUGCCUGACGGCCGUCAUUCUGGAUCCGGAGACGGUCUUUCAACAGGAUAGCAACGGCACACCGUUCCCGGAGGUAUUGGCGAAGCAAGGCCUUAUUCCUGGAGUGAAGCCCUCGCUGACGGUCUACAAGCUGCCUGGAACCGCGGGCGAGACGACGAUGCAGGGCCUCGACGGCCUGUCGGAGCGGUGCGCGAAAUACUAUGCGGCCGGCUGCCGCUUCGCGAAGUGGCGGUCUCCGCUCACGAUCGACGUGGCCGCGGGCACGCCGUCGGCGCUGGCCAUCGAGACGAAUUGCAGGGACCUCGCGAGGUACGCGCUGAUCUGCCAAUCGGAAGGUUUAGUCCCGAUUGUCGAGCCGGACCUGGUCCUCAAAGGGGCUCACUCUUUGGAAGAUGCAGUCGAGGCGAACGCGCGCGUGUUGGGUGAAUUAGUGCGUGGUAUGCAAGAUUAUGGGGUGCACCUGCCGGGCACGCUCCUGAAGACCAAUCUGGUGAAUUGUGGGAAAGACUGUGAGCCCCAAGCCUCCGUCGAGGCAAUCGCGGAUGCCAACCUCAGGGUGCUGCGGCGCGUCCUACCCGUGGCCGUCGCCUCGGUGAACUACCUGUCCGGCGGCCUGUCUUUGGAUAGGGCUACGGCCAUCCUCAGUGCGCUGAACAAGCUGAAGCGGGAACGCGGUGGCGACCGUUACGCGCCCUGGAACCUGUCGUUCUCCUGGUCGUCGUGUAUCCAGCUGCCCCUCUUCGAUUUAUGUAAGACGGAGGCCAAGGACGAGAGUGGCCUCCCGCGUGCCGCCAUCCAAAAAUUAUACGUCGAGAACUUGCUCAAGGCGCGGGCCGCGGCUUUAGGCGGUCUCUGACUCGUGCCGCACACGGCGGUGCCGGUCCUAAUAUGAAGUCUAGUCACAAGCACUUACAUCAAGCGGGGGGAU